CCCGCCCCUCGCGCCCGCGGCUCCGCCUCGGCUCGCCAUGGUGGAGCAGGGAGACGCGGCGCCGCUGCUGCGCUGGGCCGAGGGCCCCGCCGUCUCUCUGCCGCAGGCCCCGGAGCCGCAGGCGGGAGGCUGGGGCCGGGGCGGCGGCGGGGGCGCCCGGCAGACCGCGGAGCCGCCCCGGAGGCGGGAGCCAGAGGAGCCGGCUGCCCCGGAGGUGCUGCUGCAGCCCGGGCGCCUGGAGCUGGGCGACGUGGAGGAGGACCAGGUGGUGGCCGUGUUCGUGGUCACCUUCGACCCCCGCUCGGGAAACAUGGUAGAAUGGUGCUUACCUCAAGAUAUUGACCUUGAAGGUGUUGAGUUCAAGUCUAUGGCUAGUGGGUCCCAUAAAAUCCAGUCUGAUUUCAUCUAUUUCCGAAAGGGGCCCUUCUUCGGCCUGGCCUGCUUUGCCAACAUGCCCGUGGAGAGCGAGCUGGAACGUGGCGCGCGGAUGAAGUCUGUGGGCAUCCUCUCUCCCUCCUACACGCUGCUUUACCGCUACAUGCACUUCUUGGAGAACCAGGUUCGGCACCAGCUGGAGAUGCCAGGACAUUACUCUCAUCUGGCUGCCUUCUAUGAGGACAAAAAGGGGGUGCUCCAUGCUGGUCCUGGAAGAGGCAGCAGCCUGCCGCCUGUCUACUGGCUGCCUUCUAUCCACCGAUACAUGUACCCCGAGAUGAAGAUCACACACCCAGCUGGCUGUAUGUCUCAGUUUAUUAAGUUCUUUGGAGAACAGAUCCUCAUCCUCUGGAAAUUUGCCUUACUUCGAAAGCGCAUUUUGAUAUUUUCUCCCCCACCUGUGGGUGUGGUGUGCUAUAGAGUGUACUGCUGCUGCUGCCUGGCCAAUGUCUCACUGCCUGGCAUUGGGGGCACCAUUCCUGAGUCCAAGCCUUUCUUCUACGUGAACGUGGCUGACAUCGAGAGCCUGGAGGUAGAGGUGUCCUAUGUGGCCUGUGAGUACGGGGCCCUCUCCUCAUUUUGCCCUCAGGUCCCAGACCUCCUCCUCCCAGACAUGGGGCUCCUGGGUGCCUUGCUUCCCGGUGGGGUUGGUUGGGUUCCCACCUCUCUAACCUUGGGUUCCACAGGCACCACAGAGAAGAUAUUCGAGCAGAAGCGGGAGCUGUACGACGUCUACGUGGAUAACCAGAAUGUGAAGACACACCACGACCACCUGCAGCCGCUGCUGAAGAUCAACAGUGCCGACAGGGAGAAAUACCGCCGGCUCAACGAGCAGAGGCAGAUGCUGUUGUACUCCCAGGAAGUAGAAGAAGACUACAACCCUUGUGAAGAGGACCUCUUUGUGCUGUUUUUCCUAGAACAGAACAACCGGAUAUUUCAGACUUUGUUGGAGGUGUCUGCCAGUCAAGACAAAACUCUGACAGCAGAGCAUGCCCGGGGCAUGGGUCUAGACCCCCAAGGAGACCGGAGCUUUCUCCUGGACUUGCUAGAGGCCUAUGGCAUUGACGUCAUGCUGGUUAUUGACAACCCCUGUUGCCCAUAGGAGGAGCCAACGGGACUGGGAGCCGCCUCACGUGGGAUGUGAGCAGCCUGGAGUUCACCCCAGGCCCCCAGAGGGCCUCAUUUUUUUUAUUAAGUUGACACAAAGGAAUAUUGUUUAUACUUUCCAACAAACGUAAUUUUUGCAAUUUCCUUUCUGCCCUUUUCCCUAGAGGUAAGGUGAGAUCGCCUUGGUUUUGUGUCCUGCCGUGCUAGGAUGUUGGAAUCUGCUACUUUAUCCCAGAACUGCUAGUCCUUUGGGUUUGGUCAAAAUUGUAUCAUUAGGAGUGGGCUGAGCUCUGAAAACACUGGGAUGACUCUUCAGAAAGUCUGUGUUAUCUUUGUCCCUUGAUGUUUCGAGAGUAAGACAACCAUCUGUCCCGUGUGGCCUUAGGCGUUCGUCUGUCUAAAGGCAGAAACUAGAUCAGAUGAUCUUUUAAGGUUUUUAGUAGUUCUAGAAGUCUAUAGUUUGGGGAUCAAAUCCCUUUUCUUCUUCAUUAGGGCAACUCAAUGUCUUCUCUGUUUACUUGAAUAGGGACCACAAAGACAGGAAAAGGAUGUUUCUGACAUCAAAUGUGAGUUUAUCUUACAGUCAGAAUGACAGAAGUUGCUUAUCAGUAAGCUGAAAACUAAAAUUGUAGAAUGAAGCCUUGAAACCUUCCUCAAGGUAACUUAAUGGUGGCCAUGCAAUGUAAUGUUUCUCUUUCUCUGAACCUCUCUUGGGAUGAAUUAGUGAAUUGCUAAGGGCUAAUGCUGGCCUUGAAGCUUGCAAGCAAAUUCAUUUUCCAAUUUAGUCUCUUAAGGGUUCAAUGUGCUCUUGGAGUAAGUUGGGUAUUUUUAAAGGGUAAAGUUUGGGCUACUAGAGGAUAGAGCAGUUGAAGUUCGAGCAGGAUAGAGAAGCCGCUCUGUAAGUCGCUUCAUCUGGACAUGAGUUCUCUGGAGGCAUUAGUAGUAACACCUCUGGGUCAACACAGAUUGACUGGAUUCCAGAAUCUAGCAAGAAUCUGAGCUGGUGAACUCAGAGGGUGGAGCAUCAUGCUAACAAGACCAUUUAUCACUUUGGACUCCUUACAAACACGCUUCUCUUUAGCAGAGGUGACAUUCCUUAGGCUAAAUAAUUGGAUUCAGGGACAUAACAGAUUUGUUAGAAAAUGUGGCAGUGGUCACACCCAGGACACUGGUCAGGACCCCUGAGCAUCAGCGAUGGAUUUAUCCGUCCUCUGCAGUGCUCUGCUCUAGCUGGGUCUCGUUGCUCCCUGCCUGUUCUCUGGUUGGCCUUUGCAGGAGGGCAGCUCACAUGUUUGUCAACCAGUUAGCCAGUUCCUGUGAGUCGAGUUUAGGCGCUUUUGGCCAUGGUUGAGGAUUUUUACUUGGGAUACCCGGUUGUUGACAACAAAUAAUUUCUUCCUCCUUACCCUUCUCACCUGGCUGUGUUAUUGGAAUAGCCCAUCAAUGAAUUCAUCCAUGUCUGUGACCAAGACCCAGCCAGACUAAUGUACACAGCAGAGAAAUAACAUUCAAAUGCUGGGUCACACAUCUCAUCCCAAGAUAAGGUUCUUAGGGUUCAUGCUUUAUUCAAAAGUGUUUUUCCCUAUAGCUCCUUCAUAUGGAAUAUCAAAACUGAAGAAAUUCAUAUGUGGAAAUGCCAGUCGACAUUGAUUAAUGAAGGUAGCAGGUAGCAUCUUUAUGUAAAUAUAUAAAUAAGUUUGGGCAUUGAAAUGUAAACUGUACAGUUAAUACACUUUUCUCCUCUGCACUGUGAGUUGCCACCAUUUCAGUAAUGUGUAUGUUUACAAAAGAAAAAAAAAUCCUUGUUUUGAAGUUGAAACCUCACCUUUUUUCUCCUUCACAUGCAACCCUCUCCUCUUGCCUCUCAAGGGUUGAUGGGUCCUUUCUAACUUAGACUAAGUAAUGGUUACUUUUCAUGGUAUCCUGAGGCUCAGGGUGUUUUAAGCUGGGGGUAGGUGGUUAGAGGCAGGAGUAGGGGUGAAAGGAAAGGCCUGAUUCUCCUAGAGGACACAAGAAGACUUCGUUUUUCUGGAUUUGGGGAAUCUGCCAGGAGGGCUGCUUUAGGCAUUUCUGCUCCGAGCUUUCUGUAUGCAAACACUUUUGUUUCCUGUGCUGUUUUAAACUGCAAGCUCAGAAGUGCUGGUAUCAAGGUAGCAGGGUGAGAAUGAAGUUCCUGUAUUUUCCUUUGAAUGGUAAACCUUUCUGGGUUCCCUUCACUCGUGCUUGUCUAGGUAGCUUUCUCUCUUGCAUCUCCAUGUGUCACCCUCCCGCUCAUGGAGAGGGCCAGGGUAUGGGUGGCCCCAGAGGAGAAUGUGCCAGUGAGGCAGUGCCAUGUUUCGGGUCAUAGGGGCCUUAGGCUCAGCUGACCCCAAUGCAGAACUUCUCCCUUUAAGAGAGAUCCCAAGAAAUUGGUCCUUCCCUACCUUGCCAGCUUCUUUAUAGGGCCAGAAAUCUUGCUUAGAGCUUCUGCUUGGCUGAACAGCACGUGCGUUAUCUCUUCGGUUACCUCUGCCACCGUUGAUCGUCCUCAGAGUAUGUCUUCCCUGGGCUAUGAAGUGGAGGCUGUGGCCUCCGAAAUCACCUAAGGCUUGCUUUGCACCAGAUUCUGCUCCCCCACAUCAGAAAUUAGCAGGCACAACCCAGGAUCCUUUGCUGCCAGUUCUCUACAAGGGGAAUUCCACAGUGACAAAAGCAGCUAGGGGCCAUGUGGACCUGCUUUUCUGCCAGUCUUGAAAUACUUUCUGAGAAGCCAUCCGCUUUUGUUCAGAAGAAGGUGGUAAACACUGUUCACAGACUACUAGGUCUGUAAGCUCUUUAGGGGCGGACAUGAUGAUUACCAUUGACCUCCUGGAGCAGGAUUGAAAACCUGUGGUAUGAUACCUUCUGCCACUAUCUGCUGCCUGGCCUCAGCCCUCACCUGCCUAAGCAGGCCUAGUUCUCCUGUGAAGCUUUAAGCCUGAUCACAUGCCAUACUGUGAAUGAACCAUGUGCUGGUUUGGAAAUAACUUGCUCACCUGAGAUGCUGGCUGGGCUGCCCUUUUUAUUGUUCCUAAGUUAGAAGAUCCCAGAUGGGAGUAGAAUCCAUGUUUGGAGCUUGUUGGUAUCCAUGUAAAAUAUGACAAAGGCCUGUUAAAAGGAGUGUUUUCAAUUCUGUAGGCUCAGCAGAUACUACUCAGCCUUUGGGAAAAUGUCCAUUUGACCCCUGGCUUAGGACUCUCCACAAGGAGUUAGAAAUGGUAGAGCUUAUCUCCUACCAGACUAAAGCAUGGGCCAAGUUAUGUGUUUAGAAUUUGCUUGGGCUUUAAAUGUGAAAUCUUCUCUAUGCCUGGUAGAGACCAUUCCAGCCUCAGUGUCCCACCUGGGACCUGUACAGUCCUCAGUAAAUUAUGGUUACAAUGAAUUAGAAGUCUUUUGCCUUCCAUAUCCAUCAUUAUUAGAGCAUCUCCACUUCCAUCUGGUUAAGGGGAGGGAAGCUGAAAUCACUGAUGUAUCAAUAGAAGUAAUUUAGCCUAGGAACUUGCAUUUGUAACUUAUCUUGUUUUGUUCUACUUGAAAGUCAAGAAAGUUAAGAUGGUACACAGUGCAGAUGCUCCCAGAUGCCACAUGUGAAGAUUUGUGACCGUGUGACUACUGAUGAUCUUUUGGCUAGAAGAUAAAUCUUAGCUAAAUCAUUGUUUUUCAUUCUGGGGGCUCUGAGGAUGAAUUUGCUAUCAGUCUUGAUACACUGAAAGCCGUUCAAACACACUAAAAGAUGAAAUCACUCACCUUUAAACUGAGGCCUUCAGGGAAGCUUUUGUAAAGGGCAGUAAUGAAUUAGCCUUUCAGUCAUAGGACAUCAACCCUUCUAGAAGAGGCAGAGACCCGAGGGACCAUUUAUUUCCCGUUGAAACUGCAUAGCCUGGGGACUGGAUUAAGAUGCUUUCUCCAGUCUCUGUAUAGGUCAGCCUUGCAGAGGUAAAGGAAGAGUGGGCAGGUGGAUGAAUAAAAUAGGAUAACGCUCAGCUUGGCAGUGAACUUGCCUUACUGUGAUGACAGUUCUAACAUGGGCAAGAAAAUUAGCAUGGGGACCAAUAUGCCAGGCAUGGGCUUUUAUCUCCCUAAUAGAUCCCAAGCUAGUGGGCUUGGAUUCUGCAAAAUGGCCAGUGCUUCUGUCUUGUCCCCUGUACCUUAUAGUUAUACCCUGGGGUAAGAAUCCUGCUGACCCCAGUCCCGUCCCGUCUCAUUUCAGGAAAACUCUUUUCUGAUUCAGGUAGGGGGAGAGGAGGAGUUAACGGCUCCAUUUACUCCCAAGUCAUGGAUUUUUAAUAUUCCAUUUUUAUUACUAAUAUACCUCUGUUCCUAGAAGCUACUGGAGUACUGAGUGUUGUUGGAAAUGGCUAACUGUGAAUUAAGUUAAUGUUUUUCUUAUAAGAAAUGGAAGUUUAUUUUUUUAUUGAUAUUACUGUGUGAUGAAAUGAGUAUGCAUAUACUGAAAUGGAAGGAAAUUUUAAAACUGUUCUAGAGGAAAUGGGCAGUUUUGUAAUUUGGUAGUGGCUGAGACCCCAUAGAAGUUUUACUAUGAAAUAAUUUGGAGAGUGAAUAAGGAGAUUGUGCUAUGAAAUCUUGACAGCGCUCUUUAGGAGGUAGACUUGACAGUCCUAGGAAGGUUGACAUAAAAACACCCACCUUAAGUAAAACUCUAGUAUGAAAAAGGGUAAAUGGCAUCAUUCUUAUUUUUGGGCCUCUUAACUGGAGAGAGGUGGGAGUGGGAGGUAGAUUUAUAACUGGCACUUUAAUUCAUUUUUCAAACUAGAAUUUAGGGGCAGUUGGAUGAAAUUGCAAAUUUAGAAAGGGAAUAAGAAUUUUCUAGUGCUAUAUAAAGAAAUGACAAUGGAGAAGAAAAGCCUUGCUUUCAUCUUUUUAGAAUUCUCGAAUUUUAGCAUACUGUGGGGCUUUUAGAGUUAAUAUGAGUUAAUAUGAUCUAAAUUCAGAAAAUUUAAUUUUCAUAGUAGACCAGGUGUGAAUUACUUAUGUUUCCUGUAGAAUGCUUAUUUAGACUAAUAAUAAAUUUACUUUGCUUUCUGAGGCCAGUCAGCGAGUGUGGGGGUGAUGCAGGAUGUUUUCUUAGCCAGAGAUGAUCCAUAAAGGGAACAGUCCACACAGAGGUCACUCACUGAGUUGGAUGGUUGCAAAUAUAUUUCAUUGACAUUAGAAUGAAAACUCCUUCCUUUGGGUAAACUAAACAAAGAAAAAGUAUACUAAAAAUUUUAAGAUGUUGCAAAAAAAAGUUUCAGUCUAAUGUGUCCACAAAGAUUGUCAAGUAAAGAAUGGUGGAGAUUCUUGGCUUUUGAACAACCAACCUGGAUGAGUGACUUCAGGGACAGAGAGCAGAGGAAAGCAAAAUGAAUUUCCUGUAUUUACCCAAAACUUGUUGACUGAAUUUUUGUACAGGUCUGGGAAAAUAAGCCUAAACAAAUAGUUGUAGCCUUAGAAAAACUUUUCCCCAUUUCUUUCUAAGAAUCAGCACAGCCUCCCUGUUGCCUUAAAGGUAAAAUCCCUAUUUUGAUUAAUAACCCAGCCUAAGAGUUAUAGCAAUACGAGAGACUGAAUCUAUUUUUGUUUCAGGUAUUUACCUCAUACUAUGAAAUUGGGAAGACACUUAAUAAAUUUUGCCCUGAAUACUGGUGUGCCCAGGUAUGCCGUGCUCUCUGUUUCCAGUGGUGAUAAAUUUAAGACCUAAAGAAAGCUGGGGUUAAUCCUGAAGCUAAGAGUAAAUGUUUCUUGAAUUGAUUUUGUUCUGUGGUACAAGUAACAUCUAUGAAUAUCAUAUCUGAACCAAGUUGUGUGCAGAGAGGUUGACAUAACUAUAUUUACAGAAAAUGAUUUUUACAAUUAAAGUUCACAUUUUAACAUGAA